GCCCGCCGGCAGUGCGGCGUUGGUGCCCGUCAUGGCGGCUGGCGUACGUGCGUUCCGCGGAGCUGCCGCGGCUUUCACCACCGCGGCUGGGUGCCGAGCGCUGGGUUCCCUGUCGCCGGGGUCGGCGGCAGGCCGAGGGGGUCGGGAGAGCCGCCGAGCCGCGCUGGCGGCGGCGGGGGCGCUGGGAGGGGUGGGGCUGUGGUUGUGGCAGCGUCAGGCCGUGAUGGCGGCGUCCGAGGAGGACGAGGAGGACAAGAUGCUGCGGCAGCGCUUCAUGGCGCCGCCGGUGAGCGGGCUGCAGGAGCUGCGACGGCGGCGGCGGGAGCUGCGGAGCCGAAUGGAGCUGCUCAUCAUGGAGACACAAGCGGAGGUGUGUCGAGCUCUAGCCGCGCUGGACCCCGGCGCCGCCUUCGCCGUCGACACCUGGGAGAGGAAGGAAGGCGGCGGCGGCAUAAGCUGCGUGCUGCAGGACGGCGAGGUCUUCGAGAAGGCCGGUGUGAACGUGUCUGUCGUGUUCGGGCACCUGUCGGAGGAGGCAGCGCGGCAGAUGCGGAGCAGGGGGAAGUCUCUGAAGGCCAAAGACGGGAAACUGCCUUUCUGCGCCAUGGGUGUGAGCUCUGUUAUCCAUCCUAAGAACCCUCAUGUUCCAACCAUGCACUUCAACUACAGAUACUUUGAAAUUGAAGAAGCAGAUGGAACUAAACAGUGGUGGUUUGGUGGUGGGACUGAUCUCACUCCAACUUACUUGAAUGAAGAGGAUGCUGUUCAUUUUCACAAGACACUGAAAGAAGCCUGUGACAAACAUGAUCUGAAGUUGUAUCCCAAGUACAAGAAAUGGUGUGAUGAUUACUUCUUCAUCAAACACCGUGGUGAGCGAAGAGGGAUUGGAGGCAUAUUCUUCGAUGACGUAGACGCUCCCUCCAAGGAGGAAGUAUUCCAGUUUGUGAAGAGUUGUGCCAGAGCUGUUGUGCCUUGUUAUAUUCCCAUUGUGAAAAGGCACUGCCAUGACUCCUUCACACCAGAGGAAAAACUAUGGCAGCAGCUUCGGAGAGGACGGUAUGUAGAGUUCAACUUGGUUUAUGACAGAGGUACAAAGUUUGGCCUCCUGACACCAGGAUCAAGAAUCGAAAGCAUUCUUAUGUCUCUGCCACUGACUGCAAGGUGGGAAUAUAUGCACACCCCGCCAGAGAGCUCGAAAGAAGCAGAAAUCCUGGAAGUUCUGCGCAAUCCCAAAGAUUGGGUGCACUGACACGGAUCAUGAACAAGAUGGAUUGCUUACACUGAGCCAGUAUGAAAGGAAAGGAAUGCCUGCACACCAGUAUAUUCAAACUGCUGUUGACUGGUGUUUUAGUACAGCUAUGUAUACUCUUACCCAGUGCCUUAAUAAUGAUGUAAAAUUGCUGUAAUUUACAAAUAUGUGAACUUGUUCUUAAAGAUUGAUCAUCUCAUGUUAUCACCCCAUGUUGAUGUUAUCUUGCGAAGGACUUGUGGUGCCCUCACAGGACUCCUGUGCAUGCUUAAGAACUUCAACUGAUUUGUUUGACUGCAAAAUGGUAAAUUUGCCCACUGGAAUGAAAGCAUUAAGUGUGCCUAAAUAGCACUGCUUACUCUUAGAAAAUGUUGGGAUGUGUUAGCAAUAUUUCAAUUUUU